AUGAAUAGUUAAAAAAUUUCAAAUCAAGAAAACUAAUUUGGAGAAGAAAUAAAUGCUGAUUAAAAGAUAAUCUAAUAGGACAACUAAGAAGAUAAAAAUAUUUAACAAACUUAAUAAAAUAACAUUGAAGCUGAAAAUAAGAUCAUCCUUGAUGAGGAGAAAUAAAUGCAUACAAUUUAAAAAAAUAAAAAUAUUGAUAUUACAGAGCAGAAUUUAGAAAAUGCUUAAAUAAAUUCAGAAAUAAGUUCAUAUAGUACUGAAGUUGAUACAAAAGCGACUAUUGUUAGAGAAUAAAAUGUUAAUUAAAUUACAAAAGCAACUGCUAUAAUUGAGGAAGAAGAACUUAAGUAAAGUUCAUUAUCAGAAUAAUAAACGAAUUAAUAGAGUUAAAAAGAAGUAAACCAAGAUAAUCUUAAAGAUAAUAUAUAAAAUGAUUUAAAUUAUUGUAAUAUUUAGAAAGAAGAAAAAAAUUAGUAAAACAUAAAUAAGGAGAUGGAUCGAUAAAGUGAUAUAAGAUAAAGCAAUAUAGCAUAAUCAGAUAAUGAUAACAUGAAUCAAAUAAUAUAAGAAUAAUGUAUAAACAAUGGAACAGAGUGGGAAAACUAAUAAGAGGAUUAGGACAAAUAAAUUUAUGUGUAAUAAAAAGAUGAGUAAAAUGAUGAAAAAGAAUUAGAAAAGUAUGAGUAAGAGAUAAAUGAAGUAUUAGAUUUAGAAAAUUAAUAGAAAUAAGAUGAAAAAUAAAUUUAAAGAAUGAAUAAAAAUUAAUAAUAGAAUAAUGAAAAAUAGUAAAAUAAAGAUUCUAAUGAAUAAUUUGAUAAAAAAGAAUAAUAGUAAAAUGAAUAAAAGUAAGAUGAAGAUUCUCAUUAAGAAGUUGAUAAAUAGUAAAACGAAUAAUAGUAAAAUGAAUAAUAAUAAAAUGAAUAAUAGUAAAAUGAAGAUUCUAAUGAAUAAUUUGAUAAAAAAGAAUAAUAGUAAAAUGAAUAAAAGUAAGAUGAAGAUUCUCAUUAAGAAGUUGAUAAAUAGUAAAACGAAUAAUAGUAAAAUGAAUAAUAAUAAAAUGAAUAAUAGUAAAAUGAAGAUUCUAAUGAAUAAUUUGAUAAAAAAGAAUAAUAAUAAAAUGAAUAAAAGUAAGAUGAAGAUUCUCAUUAAGAAGUUGAUAAAUAGUAAAACGAAUAAUAGUAAAAUGAAUAAUAAUAAAAUGAAUAAUAGUAAAAUGAAGAUUCUAAUGAAUAAUUUGAUAAAAAAGAAUAAUAAUAAAAUGAAUAAAAGUAAGAUGAAGAUUCUCAUUAAGAAGUUGAUAAAUAGUAAAACGAAUAAUAGUAAAAUGAAUAAUAGUAAAAUGAAGAUUCUAAUGAAUAAGUUGAUCAAUAAGAAUAAUAGUAAAAUGAAUAAAAGUAAGAUGAAGAUUCUCAUUAAGAAGUUGAUAAAUAGUAAAACGAAUAAUAGUAAAAUGAAUAAUAGUAAAAUGAAUAUUCUAAUGAAUAAGUUGAUCAAUAAGAAUAAUAGUAAAAUGAAUAAAAGUAAGAUGAAGAUUCUCAUUAAAAAGUUGAUAAAUAGUAAAACGAAUAAUAGUAAAAUGAAUAAUAGUAAAAUGAAGAUUCUAAUGAAUAAGUUGAUCAAUAAGAAUAAUAGUAAAAUGAAUAAAAGUAAGAUGAAGAUUCUCAUUAAGAAGUUGAUAAAUAGUAAAACGAAUAAUAGUAAAAUGAAUAAUAGUAAAAUGAAGAUUCUAAUGAAUAAGUUGAUCAAUAAGAAUAAUAGUAAAAUGAAUAAAAGUAAGAUGAAGAUUCUCAUUAAGAAGUUGAUAAAUAGUAAAACGAAUAAUAGUAAAAUGAAUAAUAGUAAAAUGAAGAUUCUAAUGAAUAAGUUGAUCAAUAAGAAUAAUAGUAAAAUGAAUAAAAGUAAGAUGAAGAUUCUCAUUAAGAAGUUGAUAAAUAGUAAAACGAAUAAUAGUAAAAUGAAUAAUAGUAAAAUGAAGAUUCUAAUGAAUAAGUUGAUCAAUAAGAAUAAUAGUAAAAUGAAUAAAAGUAAGAUGAAGAUUCUCAUUAAGAAGUUGAUAAAUAGUAAAACGAAUAAUAGUAAAAUGAAUAAUAGUAAAAUGAAGAUUCUAAUGAAUAAGUUGAUCAAUAAGAAUAAUAGUAAAAUGAAUAAAAGUAAGAUGAAGAUUCUCAUUAAGAAGUUGAUAAAUAGUAAAACGAAUAAUAGUAAAAUGAAUAAUAGUAAAAUGAAAAUUCUAAUGAAUAAGUUGAUCAAUAAGAAUAAUAGUAAAAUGAAUAAAAGUAAGAUGAAGAUUCUCAUUAAGAAGUUGAUAAAUAGUAAAACGAAUAAUAGUAAAAUGAAUAAUAGUAAAAUGAAGAUUCUAAUGAAUAAGUUGAUCAAUAGAAAUAAUAAUAAAAUGAAUAAAAGUAAAAUGAAUAAAAGUAAGAUGAAGAUUCUCAUUAAAAUGUUGAUAAAUAGUAAAACGAAUAAUAGUAAAAUGAAGAUUCUAAUGAAUAAGUUGAUCAAUAGGAAUACUAAUAAAAUGAAUAAAAGUAAGAUGAAGAUUCUCAUUAAAAAGUUGAUAAAUAGUAAAACGAAUAAUAAAAUGAAGAUUCUAAUGAAUAAGUUGAUCAAUAGGAAUAAUAAUAAAAUGAAUAAAAGUAAGAUGAAGAUUAUCAUUAAAAAGUUGAUAAAUAGUAAAACGAAUAAUAGUAAAAUGAAUAAUAGUAAAAUGAAAAUUCUAAUGAAUAAGUUGAUCAAUAAGAAUAAUAGUAAAAUGAAUAAAAGUAAGAUGAAGAUUAUAAUAAAUAAAUUAAUUAAUACGAAUAAUAAUAAACUGAAUAAAAGUAAAAUUAAGAUUUACAUAAUUAAUUAGAUGAACUAGGAAAGAUCUAAAAUACUUAAAAUUAAAGUGCAGAUUCGCAUAUAAAAGAAGAUCCUUAAGAUUUAUAAUCUAAUAAAGACCAGAAUAUGCAAAUAGAAACAUAAUAACAUUUAUCCAUUUAAUAGCAGUCAAAUAUAUAAAUUAAUUAAAAAUAAGAAUAUUCAAUUUUAUUUAAUCAACAUGAAGAAUAGUAGUUAUAAUAAUUAGAGAUUGAUUCUUAAAAAACUACAAAUUUAAUAUAAUGUUAAACAAAUAUUUCAUAAACUUCAUAAAAUUUAAGAAACGAUUUACCUAAUUCAUUAAGCUCAAAUUAAUAAUUCAAUCACUAGAAUAAUGACACCUAAAAAACUAUUGAAUAAUAGUUUUUCUAAUAUAUAAAUUAAAAUAUUUAAGAUUAGCUUUUAAAGGAAAAAAUCAUUUCUUAAUACUAAAUUCUUCACAAAGAUAAUCAUACAGAUUUUCUAUCAAAUGUAGAUAAAGUCUAAGAUAAUAAUGAUAUUUAAUAUAUUAAAGAAUUAGAGUAAGAACAAUUAAAUAAUAAAAUAUAAUAAGAAAUCAUGGAAAAUAAAGUGUAACAAAUGGAAAUAUAUUUUAAAGAGUAAUUAGAUUAAAAAGAUGCUUAAAUAACCUACCUAUAAAAUGAUUUAUCUUGCUUGCAGUGUCAAUUAGAAGAGAAAACAUUGGAGAUAAAUCAAAUGUAAUAAUUUAUGUCUGAAAUCUCUCUGGAGAAUUUUGAAGAAAAUUAUCUAAACAGCUAAGUGAUAGAUUCGCCAAAUGAUUUGAUUACCCAAGUCCUAAAAAAAUUCUAAAAAUUACUAAUAUAGUCUUAAACAUCAUUGUAUGAUUCAAUAAACAAAUUUAAUUUUGAAGAAUAUGAAAAUGCUGAUUAAAAUUAAUUGAAUAAGAUUUUAUAUGAGAAAAUUUAGUUUUACUAAUAGUAAAGAUGCCAAUCAAAAAUAAUUGAAAAAGAUAAAACUAUUGAAGAAAUAAAUAAAAUAAUAUAAGAAUUAGUUUAAUAGACAAAGACACUAAAAGAUUAAUUAUAGAAAAAUUGCUAAUUAUUAAUUAAAGUGAGUUGUGAAAUAUUUAAUGGUUUACAAAGUUUAAGCAAAUCUAAAUAAUAGAUAGAUAAAAUUAAAGCAAUAACUGAAUCUGUUAAAUCUGAAACAACAAUGUUCUAAAAUAUUAUUAAUAAGUAAUUUGAUAUCGAAGCAUCUAAUUUGGGUGAUGAAAAUUAAAUUUUACUUCUUGAAUUAUUUAAAGAACUAAUUUAAAAACAGGAGCACACUGAGAAAUUUUUGAACUAUUUUAAAAAAUCAAUGUCUAUGAGAAUUUAAUUAAUAAAAGAAAGUGAAUAAAAUGUCUUAAACUAUAUGGCUUAAACUUAAUCAAGUAAUAAAUUUUGA